GCCGAGAGUCCUCAGGGCUCCGACUCUGCUGCUCCGUCGGCCCCGCGGAGAGGCGGAAGUAACCGAGAAGCGCCGGAAGUUUCCGAUCCUGUGCGUUCCCGGGUGGCCUGAGGCGCCAGUUGCCAUGGAGCCGGCCGGGCCCUGUGGUAUCUGCCCGGCCGGGGAGGCCCAGCCAGCGCGCUACACCUGCCCUCGCUGUAAUGUGCCCUACUGCUCGCUGCGCUGCUACCGGGCGCAUGGCACCUGCGCUGAAGACUUCUACCGUGACCAGGUGCUGGGAGAGCUGCGCGGCCGCAGCGCCUCACCCAGCCGCCUGGCCAGCGCCCUGCGCCGGCUGCGUCAGCAACGCGAGACCGAGGAUGAGCCCGAGGACGCAGGCCUCAGGCCUGGCCCGGCGCCCGGCGGCCUCUCAGGACUCUGGGAGCGGCUGGCCCCGGCCGAGAAGGCGGCUUUCGAGCGGCUGCUGAGCCGGGGCGAGGCCGGGCGGCUGCUGCCCCCGUGGCGGCCAUGGUGGUGGGGUCGUGGGGCCGGGCCGAGGCUUCUGGAGGAACUGGGUGAUGCUCCGGGCCGUGACGCCGAUGAGCUGGAGCCUGCCCCCGCGGGGUCGCCGCCGGAACCCGUCAAGGAUGAGCCCGCGGCCGCUGGGCCGACUCUCGGAGACGCCCCCGGGGUCUGCGCGCCCGCCGUGCCCACCCGGAUCCCCACACUGGCCAGCCUGAGCAGGGGCCGCGCGUCGCCGCUCGUGCGCUUCCAGCUGCCCAAUGUGCUGUUCGCCUACGCACACACUCUGGCCCUGUAUCACGGCGGCGACGAGGCGCUGCUCUCCGACUUCUGUGCCACGCUGCUCGGCGUUUCUGGAGCCCUGGGCGCCCAGCAAGUCUUCACCUCUGCCGAGGAAGCCCUGCAGGCCGCAGCCCAUGUGCUGGAAGCAGGCGAGCAUCCGCCCGGGCCCCUGGGCACACGGGGUGCCAUGCGAGAAGCCGCCCGCAUCUUGCUGGGUGAGGGCCCGGCCAACCAGAAAGGCUACACGCUGGCAGCCCUGGGGGACCUGGCUCAGACCCUGGGCCGGGCCCGGAAACAAGCCGUGGCCACCGAAGAGCGAGAUCGCCUCUACCGGGCCCGAAAGAAGUGCCAGUUCCUGCUGGCUUGGGCGAACGAAAAUGAAGUGGCCCUCACACCGUUGGCUCUAGACUGUGCCAGGGCGCACCGAGCCCACACUGUCGCAGCCGAGGAGGUGGCAGCCCUCACUGGGGAGCUGGAGCAGCUUUGGGGAGGCCCCUUGCCACCUGCCCCCAGGACUCUCAUUGAGGAGCUCCCGGGCUGAACUGGAGACGCUCUGUCAUUAAUAAAACUGCGACUGGUCUGCCCUGUCA